UCCGGUGGGGGGCGUGGCCUGUUGAAUUGCCUACGCUGGCAGCUCGGCGAGUCGGUAUUUACCUCUUACACACCCUUAGAGCGUGAGGUGGCCGGGUCUCUUCACCGCUUCAUCCCAUUGCCUACGUGUAACCCCUCCGCCUGCACAGUGUUCACCAUGGUGGCCAAACAGAGGAUCCGCAUGGCCAAUGAAAAGCACAGCAAGAACAUCACGCAGAGAGGCAACGUGGCCAAGACGGCGAGGAGUGCAACAGAUGAAAAAUCAUCGGUGGGACCCUGGUUAUUGGCGCUCUUUAUCUUCGUGGUGUGUGGCUCUGCUAUUUUCCAGAUUAUCCAGAGUAUUAGGAUGGGCAUGUAAAUACCACCACCAGUUCUGAUGCUACUUUCCUCCUGUGAAGUAAUAUAUGAACUGUUUGUGAUACGUUGACUGAGGCAAAGAAGAAAAAAAAGAUUUCACAUAACUGCCUGUUCCAGAAUGACUGCUCACUACAACUUUCAUCUGAGUCAUUCCAAAUUAUUCCACCAAAGUCAUUCCAAGUUUUCUAAUCCAUGCCACAGUGCCUUUAAAGAGCACCAUAUGCAUAAGAGCAAUAAAAAGAAGCAGAUUCUC